AUGGCGACUUCGGUGCUGGAGCUGCUGCGGGCGGCGCAGGAGGAGAUGGAGAAGCUGGAGGAGGUGGCUGCGCAGCUGCUGCUGCAGCAGCAGGAGCUGGAGGGGGAGGAGCAGCAGCAGCAGCAGCAGCAGCAGCAGCAGCAGCUAGCCCCCCUCGCGCUGCGCCCCAAACGCCGCAGCGAGAAAACCCGCAGAGAGACUCUUCAACUCAAGUGGGCCCUCGGAGACUGUCUCCAAAAGCUGGAGGAGACAGGGAGACAAGUGUUGGCUUUGCACUUAGACGGAGACAGUUUGAAGGCUGAGGAGACUCUGUUUCUGGGGGGGCAGCGGCGGGGCGGCCGCGCUGCUGCUGCUGCUGCUGCUGCUGCUGCAGCAGGCAGCAGCAGCAGCAGCGACGUCUGGGUCAACUUCUAUGACCGCCUCAAGGAGAUCCGCAACCUCUACAAAAGGAGACAGUUGGAACAGCCAGAGCAGCAGCAACUCCCGCUGCUGCCGCUCACGCAGCAGCAGCUGCUGCAGCAGUUCCUAGACUUCUUCAAGCCCCAGUCUCUCCUUUUGUCUCCUUUUGUCUCCUUUUGUCUCUUUUGUCUCUUUUUGUGA